CUCUCUCUCUCUCUCUCUCAACUUUUCAUCGAGCAAGUUGUCUGCAUCACCGCUUUCCGGCGAGUCUCGCCGGAAAAUCGUCUGAGAAGUGCUCGGAGCGAUGAGGAGGAGUUUCGAAUCGAGAAACGCCGUCGUUUUGAUGGCGUGAGUGGGUUGAUUGGCGGUGGUGGUGGUGAGAGAUGGGGAAGGUGGGGUUGAGUCUGGCGGUGAUUUGCGCGGCGGCGACGUGCGCGAUCGCGGCGGUGAUGGUGGGUCGGAGGGUGAAGACGUUGCGGAGGUGGAAGAAAGUGGUGGCGGUGUUGGAGGAUUUGGAGGAGGAUUGCUCGACUUCGGUGGGCCGUCUGAGACAAGUAGUUGAUGCUAUGGCUGUUGAAAUGCACGCAGGGUUAGCUUCUGAAGGUGGAAGCAAGCUCAAGAUGCUUCUCACCUUCGUCGACAAGCUUCCCAAUGGGAGCGAGAAGGGAACCUAUUAUGCGCUAGACCUUGGAGGUACUAAUUUUAGGGUCUUGCGCGUUGCGCUAGGAGGUGAUUGUUCAGCUAUUCGUAAAUAUGAUGUGGACCAACAACCUAUUCCUCAACAUCUAAUGACAAGCACAAGCGAGGAUCUCUUUGAUUUUAUUGCCUCCUCACUGAAGCAGUUUGUAGAAAAGCAAGAAGUUUCUGAACUACCAGAAGUCAAAAGUAGGGAACUUGGAUUUACAUUCUCGUUUCCUGUAAAACAAAUGUCUGUCUCAUCAGGCAUUCUAAUCAGAUGGACAAAAGGUUUUGCCAUUGGAGACACGGUUGGAAGAGAUGUUUCUGAAUGUUUACAGCAAGCUAUGUCUAAAAGAGGCCUAGAUAUGCGGGUAGCAGCCCUUGUAAAUGAUACUGUGGGAACAUUAGCACUUGGACAUUAUCAUGACGAAGACACAGUUGCUGCAGUGAUAAUUGGGACGGGUACAAAUGCAUGCUAUUUAGAGCGGGCAGACGCUAUUAUUAAAUGUCAAGGCUUGCUUACUACUUCAGGAUUCAUGGUAGUUAACAUGGAAUGGGGGAAUUUCUGGUCAUCUCAUCUGCCCAGGACGUUGUAUGAUAUUGAUUUAGAUGCCGAUAGCCCAAAUCCCAAUGAUCAAGGUUUUGAGAAAAUGAUAUCAGGAAUGUAUCUGGGUGACAUUGUAAGAAGAGUGAUUCUUCGGAUGUCACAGGAGUCAGAUAUUUUUGGACAUGUAUCUUCUAGACUAUCAGUGCCUUUUAUUUUAGGGACACCAAAGAUGGCUGUAAUGCAGGAGGAUGAAUCCCCUGACUUGAGGGAAGUAGCCAGAAUCUUGAAUGACGUUCUUGAGAUUCCUGAUGUGCCUCUGAAAGUACGAAAGCUUAUUGUAAAGGUAUGUAAUGUGGUGACCCGCAGGGCUGCCCGAUUGGCAGCUGCUGGGAUUGUGGGGAUCUUGAAGAAGAUUGGUCGGGAUGGGAGUGGCAGCAUAACAAGUGGAAGAAUCAAAGUUGGAAGCCAUAGUGAGAUAAGAAGAACGGUGGUGGCAAUUGAGGGGGGCUUGUAUACAAAGAAUUCAAUGUUCAGAGAAUACUUGAACGAAGCCAUGACUGAAAUCUUAGGGGAAGAUAUCUCCUCACAUGUCAUUCUUAAGGUCACGGAAGAUGGAUCAGGCAUCGGAGCAGCUCUCCUUGCAGCCUCGCAUAGAUUUGUCGGCGUGGAAAAUGUACAGUUGCUAUAAAUACAUACAUAUAUAUUUAUAUAUAGCUCUGGUAAAUUGUAGAAUUCAUUUUCGAAAUUUCUAUUAGCCAAUAUAUAGAAAGCAAAGGUUGUGUAAAUGGGUCAUGCAUGUAUUAUUGGAAAGUUGUGUAAAUUUCCAUUUUAUUAUUUUAGAGAGUUUAAUUAAUUUUUUAAUGGUA